AUGAAGUUCUUUGCCUUUGCUACAAUCGCUGCUAUUGCUACCAGUGUCCAAGCACAGAAUCUCGUUAUUAACACUCCUGUCAACCUCGUCGAGUGCAAACCGGCGUUACUUACUUGGGCAGGUGGAAAAGGUGACGUUGUGGAUGGCAAUAAUCCGAGCGGACCUCCCAUCGAGCGAUUCCCCGAACAGGAAGGUACCUCCCUCAUUUGGGUCGUCGAUGCUCAUGCUGGCCAAUCUGUCGGUCUGCUCGUUAGGGACAGCAAGGGUGCUACGUCUCAAACCGCCCCAGUGAUCGUUCAGGCUGGAACUGGUCCUAACUGCCAUGCUUAG